UCAAUGUCACCCCCGCUGCCGUAUUCCGCGGUCGUCUCGUCUGUCGUAAAUUAAAUUAGAAAUCUAGACUUCGUUGAUGUUUUAAAUUUAUUAUCAUAUUCAUUAAUAGAGUAAAGUAUAACUAUCGCCGACACCGAUAGUAAGCUACUAGAUAAGUGGUGUUAAAAUUAAAUACAGCAAUGUUGCGGCGAUUUGUAGACGGUUUUUGGAAUGAGGAUGUAUGGUUGCCGCCUAACACAACAUGGGCCGAUUUAGCUCCGGGGCCGGAAAAGGCCGUCGUUUACACGGACCACCGGCAUGUGUUCGUCCCGAUACCGUUAGCGCUUGUCUUCAUAACCCUGCGUUACCUGCUAGAAAGAUAUAUCUUCGCACCUUUCGGCCGGUCCCUAGGUAUUAAGGACAGAAAACCCAAGAAACCACCACCGAAUCCCAAACUAGAAGCAGCAUAUAAGGCCAACCCAAGAGCACGACCGCAGCAAGUAUGCGCGCUAGCGAAGCAGCUAGACAUGUCGGAGCGGCAAGUGGAGCGGUGGUUCCGGCUGCGCCGCUGCCAGCACAAGCCGUCCACGCUCGUCAAGUUCUGCGAGAACGUGUUCAAAUGCUCCUUCUAUGUUUGCAACUUCAUCUUCGGACUCGUCGUGCUGUGGGAUAAGGACUGGCUGUGGGACAUCGACCAGUGCUACAUUGGGUAUCCCCAUCAGGGUAUAACCAACGACGUGUGGUGGUACUACACCAUAUCGGCGGCGUUCUACUGGUCGCUGACCAUCUCCCAGUUCUGGGACGUGCGGCGGAAGGACUUCUGGCAGAUGUUCGUGCACCACAUCGCCACCAUCGCGCUGCUGUCGUUCAGCUGGGUGUGCAACUUGCACAGGAUCGGGACACUCGUUCUGUUGCUGCAUGACUGUGCGGAUAUAUUUGUUGAGUCAGUGAAGGCAGCCAAGUAUGCGCGCUACCAGAAGCUGUGCGACACUCUGUUCCUCGGACUCAUCGUGAUGUGGAUCGGAACUAGAGACUACAUCUACCCCUUCUAUAUCAUUUGGAGUACAUCGAUCCGCGCGCCGAUGCUGCUGCCGAUGUUCCCCGCCUACUACAUCUUCAACUCGCUGCUGGUGCUGCUGCUCAUCCUGCACAUCGUGUGGACCUGCCUCAUACUGCAGAUCGCCUACUACGCCAUCAAGGCCGGACAGAUGGACGGCGACGUGCGCAGCUCGAGCUCAGAGCUGAGCGACAGCCCCGGACACUCCAACCACAGCUCGCCACAGAGGAAUAAUAAAAAACACGAGUAAAUGGUCACAGGAUAGAUCCCCACUGAGUCAUAUAGAGUCAAUGGAUUCGCCGUUGGAUCUCGGGUAUUGUCUACUAUUUUUUUAGAGUUUAUUGUUGUACUUGAUGGUAAUACAUGUGCUUUAUGUUUAAGGUGUAGUCAAUCUAAUCUAAGAAGGCUAUUGAUUUGUAUGUAGUGGUAAAACAGACCAAACUAUGUUUGUGUGUGUAAUAGAAACAUGGUUUUUUACAACAUCUAAAUUCAUGUCAGUGUCAUUUAUUAAACAAUAUUUUUUUUUGGUGCCUUUAGAAAUGAAAAUUUGCAUACUAUAAUAUAUUAGUAAUUCAAUAAUUUUAAGAUAGAAAUAUGUACCACGUUCUAGUAAACAAAUAAUGAUUUGAUUUAGACUAACCAGUCAAAAUUAAAUCAAAUAGAAUUUCAGCUUGAUUGACAUAUGCAUAAUCAAAAUAUGGACAAGUACAUACGUCAUAAAAUUCACGAUUUCAACAAAAAUCUAUACAUUAAAAAAAUGUUAGCAAUUCUGAGUUUUUAAUAUUUUUGGUGAUUUUAAUUUAUUAUAAAAUAAUGGAUUUUGCGUGUUGUUGAAGAAUUUUCCUUACGUUUUACACACCAACGUCUUAUAUGUACACUUUACCACCACAUUCAAAGCUAACAGACUUCCAAAUUUAGACAAACUAUAUGUAUAGUAGAGACGCCGAGAGUUAAAGUAUUUAAAGAUUUUUCGGUUACAAAAUGCUUUAGAAGUAUGCAUGUCAUGGGUAAAUAAUAUAAUGAUUUGGGUUGCUUAUAAAAAAAACACUAGUAAAAUAAAUAAACGCCUUUAACAAUCUGUAAAGUCCGACCGCUCAGAGAUUGCGUUACUGACAGGUUGUGAUUGAAUGUCACAAACAUGUUCAAUAACAAUUGCCUCGUUAUUAUGUCUUCUCACUAUAAAGACAAACAGUUGGCAUAACCUUGAAACAGCGCAGUUCUUCAACCUUGUACGUCAGUUCGAAGUUACAUCGUCCAUUCGAUCACGAUUUGUCAGAAACGCAAUCACUGAGCGGUCGGAAUUUAGUUGACGUCAUUCGGGUUUUUGUACGAAAAUUGUUAAUAGAACACAUUAGAUUUUUUUUUUAACAGUUCAACAAUUUUGUUUUUAAUUCUGUCUCGAAAAAUAACAAAAUUAGUGGUAAUAAAAGAUAACUUUGAUAUUUUCGAGUAAAUAAAGAAAAAUUAAAAAUAAGAGUUAAUUAAUUUUGUUUGUAUACAAAAUAUAAUAAAUUGCGUAUACCAAAAAAAUAAUCUUCCUGUAUACACGGCAUAUUCAAAUAGAGCAUAGUAUUCAAAUGUUUAUGUAUAAUAUACUCAGGGACACAAUUAUCCGCCCACUUUAAUAUACUCGCAUCAUAUUAAAGUGGGCGGAUAAUUGUGCCUUUGAGUAUAUAUUUCCGAUGUUAAUAUAAUAUUUAUGUUUUCUAGGCAAGUGUGUUCCACCAUAGGCAAUUUGUAGCCUAAUAUUUUUUUUUUUGCAAAUGUUGUAAAUCGAAUUACACCAUUAAUGGUGAAGUAAUUUGAUUUUAAUUUUAAAAGUGCGUAAUUCACAAAUAUAAGUACAUACUAAAGUCUUUAUAAUAAGUUGAUAUAAAUAGUAAAUAAUAUUUUCGCAUGAUUUUAUAUGUAUAAUCUCAGACCAAUUAUAGAAGGACCUGUACCGCACUCAUAGUCACGAACAAAAUUGUCUGUCAUUUUCUGAGGAAAACGAGCUUAGAUUUGGUAUAUAUCUUAUACUAAACUAGAAGUUUUUGCCCGUUUUAACACCAUUCAAUUACCCAAACAGGUAUUAUUACGGAGCUCUUUAACCGACCAACACGAUUACAACCAUUUAACAUCCAUUCUAUAGAGACAGUUUUUAUAAUCGCAUUAGAUGGUUGAUUAUUUGCAUAUACAUUGACACUUUGACAGAAAAGUAACGACUAGUGAAGCAGGUCCUAUACAAUAAUUGGUCUGAGUGUAUAAUAAACAGUCCACUAAUUAUUUUACAAAAAUGUAAUUAAAAAUAACGAUUUAUAUUGCAGAAAACUUCAACUCCAUUUUGAACCCUUUAAGGGUUAGAAUUUUUUAUUAUAAGCAUACAAUUAUGCAAAAGCAUCCUGUUGCCUGCAGUGGGAUAAUGUUUGAUCUCUUUGAGGAAUGUUAAGUUGUCAAGGGGUCAGAUCCACUGUCACCAAAAAGGUCCCAGAUUUAAAUAUUUGCCAUAUUUUUAAAUAUGACCAAUAUUCCCAUUCCCCUCCAACUAGUCGGGGAAGACUGUGCUAGGAGUGGAUACGACAAUAGACCAACGGGGCGGGGAUCGAACCGCCACCCCUCGGUGAUGAGUGCUCUUACCGUUGAGUUAUUGAGGCUCUAUAACUAAUAACUAGAACUUUACCUUCACUAUUGUUGUAUAAUGGCUUCUUGUCUAGUUGUAAAAGGGAAGUGUAAGUUAGUCAAUAAUAAUAAACAAUCUUCAAAAAAAAAACUUCAAAAAGCCAAUUUAUUUUAAAAACAAAAUUUACAUUUUGACCAGGUUCAGCUUUUUACAAAAUGAUUUUUUUUUUGUUGGAAUAUUUCUAUUAUAUUAUUUAGAUUUAUUGUUAUAAGAAUUGACCCAUAUUUUGGUAGCAUUUACUGUCGAUUGUCAUAAUUAUACAUUAUAUACUCACAGGCACAAUUGUCCGCCCACUAUAAUAUGCACUUUAAAGUGUGCGGAUAAUUGUGCCUCUGAGUAUAUUAUUUAAAGUAAUAUAAUUUGAUUACCAAAAAGCUGUACCAAAUCAUUGCGAAAUAUAAUAAAACGAAAAGUUUGGAAAAGAAACGGUAGAAAAAGUACUUUAAAUGUAGGUAACCCUAGAACCUAGAUAUAUUUAGAAAUUUGAAAAAAAAAGAAAUGCAGCAUAAAGUAGAAUUUAUGGAAUUGUUAAGGCGAGUCUACACUGUAUAACAUUUUAUUAUUAUAGUAGGCUUGUUACUGGGAUCUCAUCUGUAAGGAUGCACCAACAUCUAUCGUGACGACAGAGAGAUUUAUUGUAGACCAAUAACGAUGGAAUAUAAAUACCAAAAUGUUAUACAGGGUGCUCGGGAGUAUUUCCCAUAAGUUCAAGGUAUUAACGAGAUUACUUAUAGGAACCGAACUGCAAAACUAAUCUAUACUAAUAUUAUAAAGAGGAAAACUUUGUUUGUAUGUUUGAUUGUAAUGUAUAGGCUCAAAAACUACUGGGCCGAUUUUAAAAAUUCUUUCACCAUUCGAAAGCUACAUUAUCCACAAGUAACAUAGGCUAAAUUUUAUUUUGAAAAAAAAAUAGGGUUCCGUAAGAUAUUUGGGGUUUUCGGACACAAGGUGUAAAAAAUCAACCAGAAAAGUAGGAUAGGGGUAGGUAGGAGUAGGAUAGAGGUAGUUGAAAGUUUAAAUCGAGUUUCACGCGGGUGAAGUCGCGGGCUAGUAUUUUAUAAACAACAAAGAAAUUAAAAAAUAUAUUUUCAUACAAAGUAAUUAAAAUAAUACCGACUAUCCAUGUAACACACGCCUUUAGGUAACAAAGUGACAAUGUUGCAUUUUGAAAUAUAAAUACGUCAUUGUUAUAAGGAUGCGUAUAAGGGACACAUUUUAAAAUAUAUUUAUAAAAGAAAUAUUAUUUACUCCAAAAAUAAUCAUUUUAUAACAUACUAGCGGACCCGUCUAGCUUCGCUUUGAUGUAUGUGCAAUUCCUCCCUAUCCCUACCCCACUCCUCCCCUACCCUAUUCCUACCCUUAAGAUCUAAAAUUGACUCUUAAACGUUUGUAUGGCAAAUAGAAAAGGGUUAUUUUUAUGGUUUUCCCGGCAAUUAUACUAAUUUUUCUUACCUUUAAAACCUUCCCUAUACCUCCACGAACAUUUCAAGACCAAGAUAAGAUAAAUCCGUUCAGCCGUUCUCGAGUUUUAGCGAGACUAACGAACAGCAAUUCAUUUUUAUAUAUAUAUAUAUAUAGAUGUUCCUUGAAUAUUUUGAAUUAAUUUUUAUUAAAGAAUAUAUAACCCUAGAGUUAUGGAAAAUACUCCUGAGCAUCCUGUAUAAUAUGUAACUUGAGUUAGACUCGUCUCUAGGUUUAAAUAAAUAAAUAAAAUUUCUAAAUUAAGUAAAAUAAUUUGUCACAUCAUUUGUCAUUACAUAAUUUUAAUUAAUUAAUAUACUCGUACCAUGUCUGUAUAUGAGUUUCACAAAUGAUGAAAAUAAAUGCAAAAAAAAAAUUACUGCUUUAAGAGGCAGAAAAACGACCCUUUUUACCUUAUUUACAAAAUUUUAUAUAUUUUUCUAACACACGCAUUAGAGGCUAUUUAACAUUCAUAAUGCUGCCAGAUUCAUAAAAAAACAUAAAUGUUUAUGUAAAUAAAUCUAAUUUGAAUUUGAAAAUGUAAAAGUUACAGUUUUGGUCGAUUUUAUAAAAUAUAAAAGAAGCAUAUAUUGAUAGAUUCAAAUAGAAUCGUAUAGGUUGGUGUUAAUAAAUAACAAUUCACCUUUUUAGUGGAAACACACCCUAAGUAAUGAUAUUUUAUACUAUGGAUAUUAGAUAUGUUACGUGCUUAUAAAAUGACCGCAAUAAGUGAGCGCGCAAAUGCACAAUUUUGUGUUUACUUACAUUAUUUAUUUAUGUAUAUAUAGUUUUUACACUUCCUGAACACACAACACAAUUGUGGACAAUAUUUAGGUAUUAUUUGUUUAAAUAACUUUCGUUGUUUAUUAUAUGACUAAAUGAAAUUAAGACAAUUAGCCACCUUUGUGCGCCUUAGUGUCGACGUUAGUAACAUAUCUAAUAGUAUAAAAUCUUUGAUCCUAAGUGUGUUAGAUAUAAAAAAACAUAAACAAAUAGCGUAUAACUUACCUAUGAAUGAAUCAGUGUAUACAGUUGGAUGUUAUGUACUAAGAAUUAUUUAUACAAUGUUGUACAUAAUAUUAAUGAUAGUAUUAUAAUAAUCGUGAAUCUUUUAUAAUAACUUAUAUGUAUUUUCGUGCUGGGACCACGUAGUUGGAUUUAGACUUUUAUAUUUAUGUAUGUAUAACAAGCGGCUACGUUUAUAUAUUUAUUUAUUAUUCUGCUAUAAAAUAACGUUUUUUAGGGAAUACUUAAGGUGGGUACAGAUUGGUGCAAUGCAACAUGUAAUGCAACAUGCAAUGCAAGAAUUUGACGUCCACAUUGCUGCAAUGUAUCACGAAUGCUCGUGGUUUGAAUGCCUCGCGCGCACGAACUGCGCCUGGGUCGCGCACGCUCCGAGCGUUACAACUCGUGCGCGGUUCGAUCCGAGAUUUGUCGGUUUUUGGUACGAACACAAAGGGGCGCGCAGUGUGCGCAGAACUGAGGCGACUGAUACGUAAUCAAUGCGCGUACCGCGCGCGUCACACGUCCAAGACAGCAGCGAACAUGCAAUGUAAGGCAGAAUAUUACGUUACAUGUUGCAUUGCACCAAUCUGUACCCACCUUAACAGAGUCCAAAGUAAUGUAAAACGAAAACCUUCCCUGAAAUAUAUAAAUUUACGCCGGCCACACACGAUCAAUUUAACCGUUAAGUCUGCAACGCGCUUAGGGAUGACAAGCAAUGAAAAAAUUAAUUAUACCCAUAAAACCAUAUCCUUUACGAUAUUGGUGUGACAAGAAUGUAUAAAAUAAAGAAUGAGUAUUAAUGAAUGUAAUGAGUAUGAAAACAUCUGAAAGUGACGUCAGUGACAGCUAAAAGCUUUGUAUUGUAAUUUUAGAAUAUUGUAAUGUUUUUGACACGUGCAUUAGUGUCCUCUUAUCAGGGGUUGCCUGGUAGAGAUUGCUUAUAGCAAUAAGGCUGCCUUUGCAUGCUAAUUCUAAGUUUAAAUUAUUAAUUUGUAAUAUUUUUGAAUUAAAGUGUUUCUUCUUAGCUUGGUAUGGACAUGUAAUGUGGAGGGAUGAAAGUCAUAUUACCAGAAGAAUGUUGAAGUUGCAAGUUGAAGGAUACAAGAGAAGUGGAAGGCCAAACACACACAUUGUUGACCACAAUUAACAUUGAAUUGACUAUAAAUUUGCUCAUUUUUCAUGCGCUAGUAACACAUCUAACAAUAUUUAAUAUCAUUGGGUUGGAGUGUGUGUGUGAGUUGACGAGUAAUAAAGACGAAUAGAGAAGAUUGAUAUAUUUUGCCGACCCCACUUAAGUGGGGUUAAGAUAUUGUGAUAUUUUCAUUCACUUUCACAUCCCUAAGCGCUGCAGACUUGACGAUAAACUUGAUCGUGUGUGGUAAAUAAAUAGGUGUGUAGUGUAGCUUUUAGCAGCUACAUAUAAUAUGAACGUGGCUUCAAACUUGUCUUCUUAUAUGGAACUUCCUGUUGCUUCAGCCAUACAAUGUUAUAUAAUUAUUAUAUUAGUAAACGUACGAUGUUGUAUUAAACGUAUUUAGGUCGUCUAAGGUAAACGCAUUUUCCAAAAACACAGUCUGAGAUUAUAUACUAUUCCAUUUUUAUUACUCUGUAUUAUUAUUGAUGAAAGUUUUUGCAUAUAAACUAAAUCUAAGGGUUGUUUUUUCCUACAUUCAAAUGAAUCUCGAAAUAAUUUAGAAUAAGAUAAAAGGGAAUGCCAAUCCCCGGCUAUUUAUAAAAAAAUCUUUAUAGUUUUACUUUUUUUCAUUUCAUUGACAAUAAAUCUUCAUAAAAAAAUGCUACAACGUUUUACGACAUUUUUGAUUUGAUCUUUAAUUUGUCCCCAACAGGGACAAGGUAAGGUCGUUUUUUGAAAAACUUAUGAUUGGUUUGUUUGUUAAGCUUAUUGCUAACAGAAAAAAAAUAAAAAGCGUCAAAUGUAACUUCGCCGCUUUGGUACACCGGCGAACUUUAUGAGCUAGAAGAAUGACAAAAAAAAUGUUAUUUUUUUCAAUAAACAUACUUUUAUUAAGCCAAUUAACCAGAUCCUUAUUUACACAUCAAAUUAAUAUCUCUAUAUACAUUAAUACGGGGGUAUACCUCGGUUCCCGGGCCCGUUGUAUUGACUGGUGGGCAUUCCCCUUUACUUGUAAAUUUUGCUUUAAUGGUAAUAUUAGUCGUAUACGACAAUAUUCUUUAUAGAAAAUGUCUGAUAUUUCCGGGUUUCUUAUUCACUACACUUGAAUUCUUUAUUUAUUUCAUGAUAAUAUAAUAUUAUAGUUAUUUCAGAUUAGCUAAAAUACAUGCUUCGAAAACAUCUUACUGUGUAGAUUUCAUUUGAUCAAGAUGUCGAAUCAUUUACGAGUAACUAUGAGGUACUGUAGUCAGCGCCGGAUUAGCCAGGGCGGUGGGUAGCAUUUGCUACAGGCCCCUCCAGAUGGGGGGUCCUGCGCUCGAAAAAAAAUAUGAAGGUCAAUUUUGGUGGGCAAAAUAUGGACAUUUUUUUUGUGUGACUAAUCAAAUGAAAAAACUUCAUUAUGAGAAUCAUUUUAAAAUGAACAGCUUUUAACGUAAUACGCUUGUAUUGUAACUCGUACUGUUCAAGCUUGAUUCAAACUUGAAUCUCUAAAACUUUGAAAUAAAAAAUACAGAAUAUAGCUACCUAUUUGUGGAUUUCAUGAAAAUCUUGAACCUUAAAAUUUUUAAAUUGUUUUGUUCCGCCAAAACCUUCAUUUUAAAUAUGAAGGUCACUUUUGGGGAACAAAACAAAUUAGAAUUUGUUUUUUUUUUAUCCUAAAAGGGCCCCCUGUUUAAAUUUGCUACAGGCCCCGCGCUAGCUUAAUCCGGCACUGACUGUAGUGUUUACUUUAAAGACUUCAUAGUGUUGAUAGUUGAUACCUCAUGUUGUUGAUAUGCAAAGACUUUUGAGCUGCGAAAGAAAUGUUAUAUUUAUAGAUGUCUACAUAAUAAGACUACGUUUGAUAGUGAAAUAUUUACUGCUUCUACUGUCUAAGUAAACCUAACCACUAUUUUCUGAAUGUUCUAUGUGAUCUAUGAUUUUGUUGUUUAUAAUAUAAUAAUACAUACGGGACUCGGUGUUUAUAAGUUUAUACUAUUGAUGUGUUUACAUAAAUAAUUGUUAAUUUAUAAAUGUGGUAUGUUGGUGAUAGGCAAAUGUGUGAUUGCUGAUCGUCAAACGACACUGUUGAUGACUUGAUUGAUACCAUCUGAGUGCCUAGUGGGAGCUUUCAAUGUUUUCAUACUGUGACUAUCGCGUAAACGUAAACGCGAUUUUAUAUGGAAUUGUAACAGUUGUGCAUUAGUGCCACUAGAUGGCGCUGUUUCAAUUACUUAGAGAUUCGCGUUUACGUUUACGCGAUCGUCACAGUAUCAAACUGCCGCUAGGCAGUUCGUAUUGAUAGGUAAAAGUCACAUGUAAUAAAUAUCCCAAUUCUGUAUUAAAAUACGAUUUAGCGGUGUUGCUUGCACGACGAUUGCAGUUCAUAUACAGUUUUACUAUAUUCAAUACAUUUGUGGGUAUUAAGCCAUGAUACUACCUAGAUAAGAGCAGUGAUAGCCUAGUGGAUAUGACCUCUGCCUCCGAUUCCGGAGGGUGUGGGUUCGAAUCCGGUCCCGGGCAUGCACCUCCAACUUUUCAGUUGUGUGCAUUUUAAGAAAUUAAAUAUCACGUAUCUCAAUCGGUGAAGGAAAACAUCGUGAGGAAACCUGCAUACCAGAGAAUUUUCUUAAUUCUCUGCGUGUGUGAAGUCUGCCAAUCCGCAUUGGGCCAGCGUGGUGGACUAUUGGCCUAACCCCUCUCAUUCUGAGAGGAGACUCGAGCUCAGCAGUGAGCCGAAUAUGGGUUGAUGACACUACCUAGAUAAGUCUUAGUUCAACCCAGUCUGAAUUCUAGCUAUAGUAGUCUUGUAUUAGUCCACUCAUCCCACAAACCCUAUCCAUCCCUACGUUGAAGCUCAGGUUUGAACAUGAGACUCCUUUAGAGAUUCACCCACCCUUAUUUAUCUAGCCCUCGGUAAAAAGAAUUAGUCAAAAUUCUGAACUUAAACAAAUAGUCAAAAUAAGUUUUAUUGAAUGUGGUUUUUAUUGUGUAUUGGUAAAGUUUUGACGUAAAAAAUAAUGGGUUUUUACAAACAAAUGUACUGAAAUAAAAAUUAAAUCAAACGUACAGUAUAUAAUGUCUCGAAUGUAAUUAUUGUCCUUUAUUUAUUAAUGUAAGCGAUUAUAAAUGGAAAUGUAAAUUUUCGAGAGAAAAUAUUUAUACAAUUUAUAUACAAUUCUCAUAUUUUUGGGCUGUCUGUAUUCACUAAGGUCUGUGGACGGAUCCAACGAUAUUUUGCAAUGGAUUCGGUGAUCAUAGAUAGCAAAUAACUUAUAAGUAUCUAUAUUUCUAUUAUAAAAUAUAUCGAAAUAUAUAUAAUAUACCUAAUAUCGAAAUAAAGAUAUUUUCUAUAUCUGUAUUUCGAUAUACUACCCUGUAUGAUAGUAUAUAAAACGAAACGAAUCUAAAAGCUGGUUUUCGAUUAGCCACUUCUAUUUAUUAUAUAUCUUUGGAGCAAACCACACUUGGACUUGCACACUAUGAUGUAUAAUUUAUAUUGUUAUUUGCGAUUAUUUGCCUUUAGUGAAUACAGCGUCUCAAUGUCAUUUAAAUCUCAUAUUUUCUGUCAUUAUAUUAUUGUAGGCACAGAUUAAAGUAAAAACAUAGACGGAGUUCUUGCUAGGAAAUUAAUUAAGGGUUUUACUAGAGACAAAUUAUAGUAGGUUUUUUUUUCCAAUCGACGUUCUACUCAAUUAAUAUUUUUGAUUUAUAUAUAUAAUGUAAACCUAGAACAUUUAUUUAAUGUGUUAGAUAUUUCAACGCAAUAAUUUUUGCUAUUAAAAUCGUCAAUCCGAUACGAGAAAUUCCGUCUAUAUUUUACCUUCAGUCUGGGGUAGGUUAUAAAAUUAUUAUUGUUGGUGUAUAACUAAUGUUUUAGAAUCUUAAAUGUUUUGUGUGUCUCGCUAGGUUAGGAACUUCUGUAAUGUUAUUAUUACUUUGUGCUUUGAAGCAUUUUAUAUUCCUACAGAUAUACAUACUGUAAAUUACAAUAUAUACAAAUACAAAGAUUGAAUUAAUUAGAAGAAUCUAUAAAAUUUGAUAUGUUUUUGCAUUUUAAUAUCUCGGUUGAGCAUUACCUUAUUUUAUAUUUACUUCGUCACUUCGAUAGGUUAUAAUAUACCGAAAAAUUACACGUUAAAUUGUAAUCAGUAUGUUCAGUUUACAAUAUAUCGACAGAUUACAAUAUCACGAGUGAGAUUAUAAACUAACGUAUUUUACAAUUUAACGGAAACAGAUAUAAUAUGAAUUGUACAUCUACACAGUUAUAACAAAUACUAUGUAUUGCCUUAUUGUGAUUUCUUAUACUUAGCAUUUUCCUCGCGCGUAGUGAGAUGAUAAAUUUUGUGUUUCGCACGACAGCAAAUUUAUUUACUUCUGUUCGUGAAUACCUCGCGACGCUCAGAAUUAUUUUUUUGAACUUCUCGCUUGCUCGCUCGUGGUUCAAUCCUGGAUUCUUUCGAUUGAUCGUCAUUUAAUAUCACUCGCCGUAAAAAUCAAUUUUGCUAAUAUAACAACUAAUAAAUAGUUAUAAUUCUUGCUACAGUAGCGCCUAUUUUCUAUAUAUUAACUGACACUUUCAUAAAGAGAUUGUUCUACAUAGAUCUACCUUCCAAAAAACGCUUUAAGGCGAUACAGCUUAAUGCUUAUCUAAUAAGUUCAAUCUUUGUCAUUAUGAAUAUAAGUUAUUCACGUUAUAUCAAUGUCUGCAUUUCUCACAAAAAUAAUUUACACAACAAAAAUUGCGUUUAUCGCAUGUCUAUCUGACUUUUAUUUUUGCUCAAUGGCGUCGAUUGUACAUGGGCCCUAAAUUAAACAGACGGGUCACUAUUCUACAAAAUAGUGUACAUUCAUUUUUAGUGUUACAAGAUAACAAGAAUGGCAGUACUUGGCAAAUCGCUUCCACGAAGAGGUUAUUGAAUUCGCACGUAUUUUUUUUGGACUUAUUCUCAUUUUUUAGGAAAUAUAAUUAUUAUCGCUCUUUUCAUUUCAAUAUAAUGUGAAUUUGUAAAAAAAAUUUUGAAGUAUGAUUUUUUUUAUCGAGUGGUCUGAUCACAAUAAUGAUCUGUUUAAUUUAAGAUCCAUGAUCGAAUGACCGCCGAUAUGUCGAGUUUGUUAACAAAGUAAUAUGCUCUCUUGUACUGUACGUCGCAGGGACGAUAAUAAAUUAUGAGCGUUUUAAAUAUUAUGAGUUAGUUAUAAGUUGUAUGUAUAUUCUUUGCUGCAUAAUUUAUUUGAUUUUUCACUAGUGGUGUAAAAAGAGGAUAUAAGGAUUAUUGUAUUGUAAAGGCCUCCUUAUUGUGUUAGUUUUAGCGAAAGUUGUUAACCGUUAAAGUCGACGCUUGGCAUGCAUAUGAUAUAGCAGCUGUGAGAGAAUAUGCACCAUUUGGGGGUUGGAAUGAGUGCCAAGUUGUGUAGGGUUAAGGAAAAUCGAACAUCACAAAUAUGUGUGAGCUGUGCUCCCAACGUUCCCUGCGACUUAUUAUAACCAGGUUGUGUUAUGAUUUGAAAAUAAAACGCUAUAUUAAUUUAUGGAAAAA